AUGGACCCAAGAGGUAGUAACGCCUGCGCUAGUGGUGACAACGAAGCAGGGUCUUCUGGUGGAGGAGGCGGGGAUUCAGAUGCUAUGUUACGCAAUGUGGCUCAGCAGGUCAUGACUGAGAUUUCCCAGAGUUCCAAGGAACAAGGAGGUCCAUCUAUAGCUCAGGGAUGCACAAUAGAAAAAUUUACAAAGAUGAACCCACCAGCAUUUUCAAGAGCGGCUGACCCUACAUUUUCUGAGAACUGGAUGCAGGAGAUAGAGAAGAUUUUGACGGUUCUUCACUGUACCGAUGAGCAAAGGGUUCUUUACGCCACGUAUAAGAUGACAAGGGAGGCCAAAAGAUGGUGGAUGACCACAAUAUUACUAGAGGAGCAGAGAUCCAUUCUAAUGUCGAUGACCUGGGCCCGAUUCAGGGAUAUAUUCUUUGACAUAUACUAUCCUGCCUUGUAUGCGGCAAAAUUCAUUGAGUUGUCGCGCUUCUACCCUUAUAUUGUCGCAGAUGAAGCUAAGAAGGCCAAGAUGUUCGAGAGGAAUUUGAGGUGGGAUGGUUAUAAACAAGUGGCAAUUCUUAAGAUACAGGACUUCUUGAAGUUAGUAGAUAGGACCAUGGUAGCAGAGGAGAGCAAGCAGGCAGAUAUAGGAGUACCGAGUUAG